AUGUUGGUUGUGCAUGCAUGCGACUUUUUGAAGGCGACGUCACAACUUUCAAAUCUCACCAUGGCAACCACAAAACCUCAACGGUCCUUGGCCGAAGAUAUCAAGAAGCACCCAGCAUUUCCGACGGCAGUAUGGCAACUCGUGCCAGACCGCCAGGGCCUGUUGCCUGUAGCGGCUGACCGUGGAGGCCCCGUUGAUAUCUCCUGGGAAAUCCAUGGCGAAGGGCCCAUCAAGAUGCUUUGGAUCUGCGGCCUUGGAUUCAUCAAAAGCUCUUACCAGCGCCAAACAAUGCAUUGGGGUCACUACCACGCAGACAAGUACUCGGUCCUGAUCGUUGAUAACCGUGGUAUGGGCGGAUCGGGUAAGCCGCUUUCGCGGUAUUCGACCUCUGAGAUGGCAAAGGACAUUAUCGAAGUCCUCGACCACGUCGGGUGGAUCUCGUCGCGACAGGUGCACAUCUGUGGCCUGUCCAUGGGUGGCAUGAUUGCGCAAGAGCUGGGCAUGCUGAUCCCUGACCGUAUCGCCUCGCUCAACCUGCUCUGCACCGCCGCCGCCAUUGAGAACACCACCUCGUUUACUGAAAACAUGAUGAACCGCAUCACCAUGUUGCUGCCAAAGUCCCUGGACCGCACCAUUGAGUAUGCUGCGGGCAACAUCUUUGCCAAGGCCUUUCUGGACGAGCCCGACGCCGCCAAGCCGCCCACGGCCUCAACCCCCAAGGUCAAGAUGCCCCCGAAUGGCGAAUAUCUCAUGUUCGAGACCAACUUUGACCGCUUCGCAGCCCAGGAGAUCACCAAGCAAAUGGACAAGGAGGGCUUCACCAAGCAAGGCUUCCUGUGCCAGCUCAUUGCGGCGGGGUGGCACCACAAGAGCCCGGCCCAGCUCAAGGACAUGGCGGACAAGGUCGGCCGCGAGCGUAUCCUGGUGCUGCACGGCACCGAGGACAACAUGAUUUCCAUCCCGCACGGCAGAAAACUGGUCGAAUACAUCCAGCCUGGAGCGGGCGUCAUCGUGGAAGGCAUGGGCCAUGCUCCAGUCAUGGAGCGAACAGAGUGGCUUGCAGACUUACUAAGCGAGCGCAUGGCGGUUGGCGAGAAGCUUAGCGGAAGGGCAUGA